AUGACCUCUUCUUGGGGGCAUGACGCUAAAGAGGAUGCCCUCGCUGAACGGGUCGAGCGAGUCCACGAGCUCCAGCUCAGCGUUACCGCCCAUGGUGAUCAUCUGGUACAUUUCCUUGAGGCGCAGGGAAAUGAUGCUGAAGCCCUCCAUGAAGCCCUCGAGACGGAGGCGCCGGAGCUCGUCGCACCGCUUCUUGGCCGAGUCUCGAGCAGCCACCUCUGUCGCGAGGUCGGACGCACGGUUGGCGUGCUCCUCAACGCGGCGGCGGUAUUCCGCGAGCACCGACAGGUCGACGGCGUUUUGCGUCUUCUCCUCGAGCGCGGCAAUCUCGCCCUUGAGCCUAUCCUUGGACAUGUCCGCGAGCUCGUCCUUGUCAAUAUCUUGAAGCUUGAGCUUGCUGAGCUUGUCGAUCCAGUACCUAAGGCGGUUGUUGUUGUCGACGAGCACCUUUUGAUUUUCCUCGAGAGUGUUCUUCAUUUCAAUCUCGGCAGCACGCGUCUCAUUGAGUUCGCUCGUCUUCUCAUCAAGCUCAGCCUUGACUUCGGCGAGCUCCUUCUUCUUAUCCGCCAGCUCCGCCUCGGCCGCCUCGACACGAGCCUUGAGCUCGUCCGAAAUCUGGCCCUGGUUCUCAACCUCGCUUUCGAGCUUCUCCAGGUCCCGCUCGGCGGCGGCGAGCUCCUUGCUAGCCUUGGCGUGAUCCUUGUCAAGCUUGACGCGGGCCUUCUCGGCCUUGACCUUGCGCACCUCGGCAGCAUCAACCUUGGCACGCUGGGCCCUAAGCUUCUCACCACCGACUUGCAUGAUUUUGUCCUGGAGAAGCUUGAUCUCCGCUUCGACGCUCGAGGUCUCGGCAUGGAGCUUGUCUACCUCCUUGUUGAGCUUGGCAAUCUCCUUCUCCAGAUCAGCGGCACGCUUGUCAUCAGCCUGCGAGGGCUGGUGCUCCUUGCUCAGCUCCUUGAUGCGACGGUGAGCGUCGGCAAGGUUCUUGGUGGCGCUGUCAAUCUCCAGGCCAAUCUUCUGCAUCCGGGUGUCAAGAAUGGGGAUCUCAUCACACUUGUCAAUGAGCUCACCGGCAAGCGUGACGACCCGCCACCUCUUCGCGCCAUAGGCAAUUCUGUUGGCCUGGGCGAGAUCCUCGGCAACGAGAGUGUCCUGCAGGGCAUGGUAAAAAGCGGGACCGAACCUGUCUUCCUUCGUCCUAAUCAGGUCGAAGAGACGGGGCGCGUUCUCGGGAGUCUGGAUGGGGGACAUGUCGCGGGCACGGAGCUUGUCCAAGCAGAUAAAGUUGGCGCGGCCAAGGUUUGUCUUACGCAGGUACUCGAUGCACUGCUGGCCGGCUUCGACAGUAUCCGUGACGAAGUUGUCGAGGGCGCUGCAUGCGGUGGAAAUGGCAACGUCAUACUUGGCAUCAAUGGUGCCGAGAUUGCCAAGACGACCAUGGAAGCCGUCAAUACGGCCCGACUCCUUCAUGCGCAUGAGGGCGGUGAGGACAUUGCCCUGGGUCUGGCUCUUAGCGAGACUGGAGCGGGCCUCCUCGGCCUUCUGGCGGACCUUGGCCUUCUCAAUCUUGCACUCCUCGAGCUCCUGGAGCUUGGCCGCCUUGUUCUGUUCGAUGGAGGCAACCUUGGCCUCGAUUUCGGCCUGAGCGACCGCGCCGGCAUUGGCCUUCUCGCGGAGAAUGCUGAGCUCACUCUCGGCGACGGCAAUGGACGAUUGCUUCUGGUUGAUCUUUUCGUUCCAGGGCUCAAGCGCCUUUUGCUUGGCGGCGAUCUUAUCGGAAAAGGCCUGCGUCUUGCCCUUGAGGCUCUCCCUGAUGCUGGCGAGCUCCUCCUCCUCGACCUUGACCUGCUCCUCGAGGGUAGCGAUCUCAGCCGAACGAGUCUCAAUCUCCUCGCCGCAUUCCUGGAUCGUCUGCUCUGCCUCGGCCGCCGACGUUUCGGCGUUGGUAAUGGCCUUUUCGAGCUUCUUGCGUUUGUCGUUGAGGAACUUGCGCUUUUCGUCAAACUUGACACGUUCCUGAUCGAACUUGGUCAUUUCCUUGACGAGAGCCUGGGUUUCCUUCUCCUGGUUCUGGAACUCCUUGCUGCCCUUGGCGUAGAUCUUUUCGAGCUUCUUGAUCACCUCCUCGCCUCCGUGAUGCUUUUCCAAUUCGGCAUCAAGCCGCGACUGGAUCUGUUGGAUGGCCUCUUGGGUGACAGCGAUGUUGUCCUCGAACUCACUCAUAUAGAUUUGGUACAGUGCAGCGUUCUUCAACGCGAGUUCGUUCUCGUCGCGAAUGUAGGCAAUAGCCUUGUUCUUCUUGUCCUCGAGGCUGUUCUUUUCCUUUUCCACGUGCUGAACACGGCCACUCUUCUCGAGACAUCGUUCGUUGAGAGCCUCGACCUCAGCCGCCGCCUCCUCGAUGGGCGUCUUGUAUUUCGAGGUGCCGAUGAUAUCCUCGAGAUACUCGAGCAGGCCGUCCUCGUGCUCGUUGCCAGCCUUGGCCUUCAUCUGAGCAAUUGA